UCGCUCUCCUCCGAGAAGCCGAGACGAGUUUCACAACCCGUGACUCGAUGUGGGCCCAUGUAUAUAUACAGUCGCUGCUGUCAAUUGUCCCAGCCCCCGAAUGGCUUCUGAAUCCAAGCUUCAAACGCCGUACACGGGACCCCCUUUCCAAGAGGAUAAAGAGGGCUCAGAGACACUAGUGGGAGAACACCCAAUCGUCAAGGAUUCUGACCCUCCCUCACGCUCGGAUGAAUUCCCCGAAGGUGGUCUGGCAGCUUGGGCCACUGUUUUUGGAUCGUUUCUUAUACAGUUCUGUGGCUUCGGUUAUUCCACUUCAUUUGGUGUCUACCAAGAUUUCUAUGCCCAGCAUUACCUCACAAACCAGACGACGUCUGCUAUAUCAUGGAUAGGGAGCUUGAACGCGUUUUUAGUCACCGGUGUGGGCCUUGUAUCAGGUUCACUGUAUGACCGAGGAUAUUUUUACCAUCUCGUGAUCGCCGGAUCACUUCUGCAGAGUUUCUCUCUCUUCAUGUUAUCUUUAUCAAAACCUAAUCAGUACUACCAGAUAUUCCUUGCUCAAGGCUUGGGUUCGGGUAUCGCAACGGGGCUCAUGUUUGUCCCGAGCACAGCUGUCAUCGCGCAUUAUUUCCGACGCAAACGCACACUAGUUUUGACGUUCGUCGCUUCGGGGUCUUCGCUGGGUGCUACCAUCCAUCCGAUUAUGCUCAAUAAUCUCCUAAGUGGUCCUCUCGGCUUCGCCAAUGCCAUUCGUGCAAGCGCAGGGUUGGUCAGUGCGCUCCUUUUAAUCGCAUGUUUAUGCAUGCGAACUCGCCUUGAUCCGCCGACCACAACGGUGAACUACACUGCGGCAGCUAGAAAAUGUAUUCGUGAUAUACCGUUCAUUCUCAUGAUAGCAGGGGGUUUCUUUUUCCAGAUUGGCCUCUACUACCCGAUGUUCUUCUUGCAACUUGACUCAAUCAAGCACGGUAUCAGCGUCACCUUCUCGUUUUACUCUCUAGUGAUUUUAAAUGUGUCCAAUUGUGCAGGACGAGUCACGUCAGGGUUUAUCGCAGCGUACACGGGAGUCCCAAACUUAACCAUAGUUGCGACGAUUUCGUGCGGUGUGCUCAACUUGGGUUUGAUUGGAUUGCGUAACCUGGCCGACGUCGUUGUGCUUGGCGUACUUUAUGGCUAUUUUGCGGGGUUAUAUAUCGGAGUAUGGGUUCCACUUAUGGCUAAUUUAACGCCCGACCUCUCUGAGCUUGGCGCGCGGAUGGGCAUCUGUUUCUUCAUGAGUGGAUUUGGAACUUUGAUUGGAACCCCCAUAUCCGGCGCUCUGCUGACAUCGAAUUAUACCUGGUGGAUACCCUCACUGUUCUCUGGGGUCAUUGCGCUGGUUGGUAGCAUGAUGUAUAUUAUCAUGCGGUUGAUGUUGUCAGAUGGCAGAUCGAAGAAAAGGCACAGUUCUCGACUCGAAGUAUUAGAAAGCCACCCAUAAGGAGACUGUUAUAUAUGUGUUCGAUAUCCGCGUUGCUUUUCUCCAACUCGUUCGUAUGUGGGUAAUGGCGCUCUCGUGAUAUCCAAUCAUGUUAAAUAACUUAUUGAAUGGCCACAGCGAGCGGCGUUGAGUUCAGU